AUGCCUUGUACUCCUUUUGGUAAAAGUAAGCCAUUGCAGCGUAAAUUAGUUGUGUUAGGUGAUGGUGCUUGCGGAAAGACUUCCCUUCUAAACGUAUUUACGAAGGAUAAUAUAGAAUCAAAAUGGAUGGAGGAAAUACUUGAACAUUGUCAGGGCGUCAAGAUUGUCUUAGUCGCCCUUAAAUGUGAUUUAAGGGAAGAUCUUCAAGUUGUCAGAGACAUGCAACGUUAUGGUGAAAGACCUGUAACAUAUGAGGAGGGGUUGGCAGUAGCUCGCAAUAUUGAAGCAUCUAGAUAUCUAGAAUGUUCAGCAAUGCACAAUCGAG